AUGACUUUUCUGGAGGAUCGAGAUCUAGAAGAUGUACCCAGUAUACCAGAGUAUUACAAAGGAAAGACUGUCUUCAUCACUGGUGGCUCAGGUUUCAUGGGGAAAGUUUUAGUAGAAAAGCUUCUGUAUUCUUGCACAGAUCUAGACAGGAUAUAUUUGUUGGUGAGACCUAAAAGGGGGGUGACACCUGAAAAUAGACUGGCUGAGAUCUUUGCUUCGAGAUGUUUUGACCGUCUGCGUGAGGAAAGGCCAGGAGUGUUCGAGUCUAAAGUGUUCUUUAUAGCGGGAGACUGCAGCGAAGUGGCCCUUGGUUUGUCGGAGGAAGACAGAGCUCUGCUGUUAAAUAGAACCAACAUCAUCUAUCACGUUGCUGCUAGUGUGAGAUUUGAUGAUCCUUUAAAAAAAGCCGUGAAACUGAACCUCCGUGGUACCGUAGAAAUGAUAGAAUUAGCUAAAGAAGUACAAAAUUUGGAAAGUUUCAUCCACGUUUCAACAACAUAUAGCAAUACUAACCGUAAUCCCAUUGAAGAGAUCCUGUAUCCUCCUCUAGCUGACUGGAGAGAGACUCUGGAGAUUUGCGAGAAUAUUGAAGAACAAACUUUGAAUUCUUUGACACCCAAAUUCCUCGGUGAGAUGGCCAAUACAUACGUGCUCUGUAAACAGUUAGCGGAACACGUGGUUUAUGAGCAGAGAGGAAAAUUACCAGUCGUGAUCAUUAGGCCAUCUAUUGUGUUGGCAAGCGUCAAGGAACCUGCACCGGGAUGGAUUGAAAACUUUAACGGACCAGUCGGCCUUAUUGUUGCUAGCGGAAAAGGUAUUCUUCGUACUUUAUACGCUGAUCCUCUCGUGUCUGGGGACUACAUUCCAGUGGACGUGGCUAUCAAGGGUUUCAUAGCAGCUUCGUGGACUAGAGGCACUAAAAAACUCGAGCCAUCAGAUGAUACUCCGAUAUAUAACGUUUGCAACGGCCAAAUGGGUUACCAUGUAACUGCUGAAGAAAUAUUGUCGAUUGGCCACAAAAUUACUGAUGAAGUUCCGUUGGAUAACGUGGUUUGGACUGCUGGUGGUGCUAUCACUGACAAUAAAUAUUUAUAUUACGUGUAUGUAAUAAUGCUACAAUUACUACCAGCCAUUUUAAUCGACACUUUGCUAUGGUUAUUAGGAAAAAAGACAAUGCUAGUCAAAAUCCAACGUCGUGUGUACGUAGCGAACCUUGCUAUAGCUUAUUUCCUGACCCACACGUGGACUUUCUCAAACGAAAAUUUCAUGUCCCUUCGUUCCAAAAUUUUGGACAAAGACAAGCUCCACUUUUACUAUAUUAUGGAGAAUAUUGACAUGUAUGAAUAUUUGAAAACUGGUAUUAUGGGAGGUAGAAGAUAUUUGCUGAACGAGAAAGAUGAGAAUUUGCCCAAAGCCAGAGCACAUUAUAAAAGAAUGGCAAUCUUGGACACUUUGGUCAAAUGUUUGUUUUAUGGCUACAUAGUAUGGAGGAUAAUCAACAGUAGUUUAGUAUGUAACCUUUUCGGUUGAUUAUAACUAAGUA